GGAAACAACCGCGGAGACUUUCUUGGACGCACAGCGCGCGGACACACCUGACGCGAGUAUCUUUUCGUUUCGUUUGGAAUUCAGUAUGAACCGAGCUGGAAAGGAGAUGCAUUUAUCGCUAAAUAAUAAGUCCGUUAUAAGCAGUGUACAGGCAAGUUGUGGAAUUAUGUCAAUUUCAGCAGCAUUUUUGCAGUGGAAGAGGAGCGAAUAACUUGAGCCAAUAUGCGUUUUUGGAUGUUGACUCGUCUUGCCCGACUGUCCUAUGGAAUAUAGCCCAAUAUAUCAGAACCUACAUGUUGUCUCAUCAUCCCCCGUGAAGAAUAAACUCUUUGUUUUCUGCAUCAUGUUGUCCCUGUGGGUGUAUAUGAUCUAUUGCUGCGUCGGAUACUGUUCAACCAUGCCAAGUCUGAUGGUCAGUACAGCCAGCAGUAAACAUUCACAACAUCACGAAGAAGUGCACCCCAACAGAACUCAACCCCGACUCCAAAACGAAGUGGACUUGGAAUCCGGACACCAAGAAGAUCGGUUAGAUUCUUUAGAUCCGCUAUUCGGCGUAUCAUCCAGGGACUUGUUAAAUAAUGAGAAUGAUUUGGACAGCAGAGGAGGGGAGGACUGGGAUGAGAUUCGAAGCGAGCAGAGGACGUUGGAUAAUAAUGUCGUGUCAAGUCUCUUCAACGAGUCAGGGCCGUCGGAGAGUAAGAAGUUGCCCCAGGCGAUUAUCAUCGGGGUGAAGAAGGGAGGCACGCGGGCGCUGCUGGAGUUCCUCCGCGUGCAUCCCGACAUCAGAGCUGUCGGGGCUGAGCCGCACUUCUUUGAUCGGAACUAUGACAAGGGACUGGAGUGGUACAGAGACCUGAUGCCUGAGACCCUGGAGGGUCAGAUCACCAUGGAGAAGACCCCCAGCUACUACGUCACUAAAGACGUCCCCGCCCGUAUCCACACCAUGUCCCCAGACACCAGGCUGAUCGUGGUGGUCCGAGACCCCGUCACCAGGGCCAUCUCAGACUACACCCAGACCCGCUCCAAGAAACCUGACAUCCCCUCCUUCGAGAGCCUCAUCUUCAAGAACAGGACUAUGGGUCUCAUCGAUACAUCCUGGAGCGCCGUCCAGAUCGGGAUGUAUGCCAAGCACCUAGAACGCUGGCUGCAGUACUUCCCCAGGGACCAGCUCCUCUUCGUCAGUGGGGAGAGGUUGAUCUCCGACCCGGCCGGAGAGAUGGCCCGCGUACAGGACUUCCUGGGGCUUAGGAGGGUGGUUAGUCACAAACACUUUCACUUCAACCCAGCCAAGGGCUUCCCCUGUCUGAAGAGGCGGGAGGGGAAUAGUAAGCCUCACUGUCUGGGGAAGACCAAAGGAAGGACUCAUCCUAAUAUUGACCCGGAGGUGGUACAGAGGCUGAGGGAGUUUUAUCAACCUUUUAACAGGAGGUUUUAUCAGAUGACGGGACAUGACUUUGGAUGGGGCAGAGGCUGAGGGAGUUUUAUCAACCUUUUAACAGGAGGUUUAUCAUAUGACGGGACAUGACUUUGGAUGGGGUUCAUGGAGCUGAGAGACAAAACAUGAUAGACGGAGACAUUGAGUGAAUCCGAAAUGCCACUCUAUUCCCUUUGUAAUGCACUACCCUGGUCAAUAGUAGUGCACUAUGUUAUAGGACAAAAUGUCACCCUAUAUUCCUUAUAUUGUACAUGAUUCAUGCUCAAAUGUAGUGCACUACUGAGGUAUUAAGGUGCCCUUUCAGACAGAGACGUUGUGUUUUUCUUUGGGGCGUUUUUUGGUUGUAAUUGUAACAUUUUGGAGAUAUUGUUAUACUAUGUGUAUAGGGCAGCGUGUGUAAAAAGUACAGAAGUCUAUUUUAUGAUAAUUUAUUUAUAUGAUAUUAUGAACUCACUGAGCUGCCUAUCCAUGUUUGUUGAUGAUCGUCACACAUCUUUACAUUCCUGUUUUUAAAUCAUCAUUUGAGGCCAUUUUGUAAUCUUGAAAUUACCUCUGAAAAAUACACGUGCAGGAAUUGUGGAAAUGAAAAUAAAAAAAUCACAAUUCUGCUACAGGUCGUAGCGCUCAACAAGCAGGGUUAGGUUAGAGCUAUUGUUUCCCUUUAAAACAUUUAACAUACAUAUACAUGCUAUUACUUUACAAUGCUGCAUUAGCUCAAUCUCCCUACCUUUACUCGUUGGUUUUUAAAGAUGGCUGUGCGAACCCAGGUCAUACCACACCAUCUCAGCAAAAACGGUUCAAUCACAAAAGUUGGUAGAGUGAGGAAGUAAAAAUAUUGUAACGACCCGGAAAAUUAGGGUUGGGUCAUUGAACACGGAGACAUCUCUCUAGCCUCUUUUUAAGAUGUUAAAAACCACUCAAGGAGUCCAAACAGCCCAUAAUUUACCUCUUUAAGAUCAGCCUGACCUCCAGAGGUCUGUGGGCCCACUUUAUCCACCAGAUCAAUAUAUAGGGCCCCAGCUGAUCCAGUCAGGCUGUGUCCCAAAUGGCACCCUAUUCCAUUAAUCGCGCACUACUUAUGACCAGGGCCCAUAGGACAUUUAGGGAAUAGGGUACCAUCUGGGAUGCCUUCCCAGUGUCACUAUAACAGGUAUAUCUAUCAAUACGGUAAUAACUCAUCAUCACAUCUAUUACACGUGAGUGAUGUCACAUUACAGCUGAGUGAUGUCACAGUGUGGUCUCUGGAGUCUCCUGCUAUAAAACAAGGAUCCAUCAAAAGGUUAAUUGGAGUUAACGUAUGUUGGGACCUUGUGACCACAGUUCCAGAUUCAAGUCUCUUCUGAAGGGCAUGCUAUUUAGGAAGCUUUUACGUUACUGUCACAGUCAUUAGCGCCCCUCCUAUUUCCUCUGUUUGCUGAAGCCAGUUGGCCUACCUAAACUUCAAUCUUUACAUUUGUUGUGAUGUUACAACAAUACAUGCAGUCUUUUUUGAGGAGAAGCCAUCACCUUUUCAGGUUUUGUAAUCCAUUCUUGACGAGCAGUGAGUUUUACUUGUGUAACGAUAUGAUGAGGCUAUUCAGGGAUGAUGAGCUGAUCAUGAUACAGUAUAACGUUAUCCUCACAGCCCUCUGUAGUCCUGUUUGGUAAAGUUAACAGGACUGCAGUUGGACCAGACAGCAUUCAUUGGGAACUCAGUUUGGUGGUUUGUUGUGUUACUGUUGUUGAAAGGGAAAUUCAAAGGCCGGGAUUCAAUCCGAUCGAGCGUUGCAGUGCGCUUGACGUUUAAAAGGUAAUUUCCGAUUGAGCCGACAAAUGCAACGUUUACCGUGAAUGUGAUCUCUGUGAAAGCGGGAACAUUGCCUUUAAAUGUCUGUGAUCGUGUGCAGUGCUGUAACGAGCAUUGAAUUGAAUUGUGACCAAAGUCUUGCUAUUAAGGGCUCACAAUUCCUUUCUUCUAAGUCUGUGUUUGGUUGAAUUGUUUUCAACCCUAUACAGAGAGAUACACCAAUGCCAAUGAUCUUACCCAUGAAAUAUGAUGAUAAUGUAUUGAUAAAAGUCUGUAUACGUACAUGAACAAAUCCAACUAUUUUGCUGUUUAUUUUCCAUUUUACAAAGAUGUAGAUGAGGCCGUUGUGACUGAAGAGUAAAAUAGCGUUCUUCUUGUCAUUUCUUUGAAGAAAUAUAUCUAUUUUACCAAAACCAAAUGAUCCUCUGAUUGUCAAAUUGUCAUAUAACUACACUACACCGCUUUUAAAAAAAACGUUGACAUGUGUUAUAACUACAUUAUAAACAGUCUUAUAACCAGCUUAUGACCACCUAAUAAAGCCCCUGUCGUGUUC